UGUAACAAAUCAGCGCGCUGAAUUCGAGCGACUUUCGGCUUUCUGACAGCACAGCGGACCGUCGAAAGUUUCUUGGUUACCAGAGCUUUGGUUGAUGCAAGUUAUCAGAUUGACAACGUAAAUGGUGUAAGUUUUACAGGGAUGGACGGUGACAGAAUGGAGGUGGGAAACCAGAAACAAAACAUCCAUGUGGAGGUCCAUGUUAAAUCUCACAGCACAGCUAAACUGUCUGAAGUGAGAAUACAUAUUCUGGCUCUGCUGAAUCGCCACAGCAUGGUUUUUGGAAACUACAGAUGGACAGAGUUUGAUGAAGAUUUCCUGCAGAAACAUGUGGAAUCUGUGGCUAUAGUUGAUCUUGAGGAACUGGUAACCCAGCCCCUUGAUUUAAAGAGCUGCUCUGUCUCCAUUCACAUCUUCACUCUGAAUGAGGAUGGACCCAGCACGCUCAGUUUGGAGGAGGAUGAGGAGCUUUCAGCAGCCAAUCACUGGUUGCUGCCAGCAGCUGAAUUCAAUGGGAUUUGGGAGAGUCUGGUAUAUGACAGUGGAGUCAAAACCCAGCUCCUGGAUUACGUCACAACAACAAUUUACUUCUCAGACAAAAAUGUCAACAGCAACCUGAUUUCGUGGAACCGUGUUGUGCUGCUUCACGGACCCCCUGGCACAGGGAAAACGUCACUGUGCAAAGCUCUUGCUCAGAAGCUGUCAAUCAGGCUGUCAAGUCGGUAUUCUUAUGGGCAAUUUGUUGAGAUAAACAGCCACAGCUUGUUCUCAAAGUGGUUCUCAGAGAGCGGUAAGCUGGUCACGAAGAUGUUUCAAAAGAUCCAACAACUGAUCGACGACAAAGAUGCUCUUGUGUUUGUCCUGAUUGAUGAGGUGGAGAGUCUGACAGCAGCUAGGAGUGCCUGCCAGGCAGGAACAGAGCCCUCUGACGCCAUCCGAGUGGUCAACUCCGUUCUCACACAACUGGACCAGAUCAAACGACAUUCCAACGUGGUGAUCCUGACGACCUCCAAUGUGACAGAAAAGAUAGACUUGGCGUUUGUGGACAGAGCUGACAUCAAGCAGUACAUCGGACCUCCAUCCGUAAAGGGCAUCUACAACAUUUACCUCUCCUGCCUGGAGGAGCUGAUGAAGUGCCAGAUCAUCUACCCCCGGCAGCAGCUGUUUACCAUGUUUGAGCUCGAGACGAUGGGCUUUGCAAAGAGUGAGGUGUCCGAACACAGUCUGAACCUGAGGAACAUUGCUCUAAAAAGCAAAGGUUUGAGUGGAAGAGCACUGAGGAAGUUACCAUUUCUAUCCCAUGCACUGUUUGUAAAGACACCGACAGUGACUCUUGAGAGGUUUUUGGAGGCUAUGGACCAAGCAGUGGAUAAACAGACAGAGGAAAAAGCUAACCUGGUCAACGGUGUCUGAACUUAUUACAAUGCCCAAAGGCUGACACAUGAUUGUUCAUGAGCUCUCAAUCCCAUGCCUCAUAUCUUUUUUUAUAAAGCUUAAUCCAUUCAUUUGGCAGCAAUGUGUUAAAUAUUUUGGCAAGUAACAGUGUUUUUUUUUUUACAAAUAUCUAUAACAUAAGUAAUUAUUCAGGUAAUUCUGUUGGUGCUGCUAGCCUAAAUACCAAGUCGGUUUCAGGCAGUUUGGUUUAAGAUGGAGUACCCAGUGCUUGGAUUUUUCUGUUUACUCUGUUCUUAGUUUCAAAGUGAUAUUUUUAUGUAACAUUCAGCUUUAACCUUCAUUCAGCUUCUUUUGGGUCCUAAUGUUAAAGGGACAGUUCACAUUUGUACUGGCAUUAGUUACUUUCCUUAAUUGAUAUCACUGCCUACACAUUAGCUCAGUCUGUGGAUUUUAUUGGAAAUAUCUCAUUGAGAUGGCAAUGUGUUUUUUGCUCUUCAUUUCUCUUAUACAAGUUGCCAGCUCACUGAGAUACCUUCAUCCACAUGAUCUGUAGAAUAAACUAAUGAUAAUGUAUGAUACCAACUUAUGUUAAAAAAUAUGAACUGUCCCUUAAACAUACUGUUUUUUCAUACACUCAGUGUUCAUGUGUUAUGUUUUAAAAAGGGAUGUUCCUCAUAGACCAUCACUUAAAAAAUGUCAGUCAGUUCUAUAUUUAUGUUAACAACAUAUCUUCUUUAAACUUUCUGGAUUCAUGCAUUCAUUAGCCUACAACUUUAUUUUGUAUAUAAAAUUGUAAUAAACAAUAUUGUUUAUGCUUG